GCUGCAGGAGGCUUUAAAAGCAGAGUUUCAGCCCAUUUCCUCAUUCAGCUGUGAGUUUGCACAGUGAGACAGAAACACUCAGGAUGAUUUUCACUCUGUUUUCACCAACAACCUGGACUCUGCUGGCUCUUCUGUUCGCCCUCUUGUGGCUGUAUGGAUCAUGGCCUCACAGAUUCUUCAAAAACCUGAACAUACCCGGACCGAGACCUCUACCUUUUGUUGGGACAAUAUUCGGACUGAGGAAGGGAAUUUUGGCUUUUGACUUGGAGUGCCAGACCAAGUAUGGAGAUGUCUGGGGGUUGUAUGACGGACGAAGCCCGGUGCUGAUAGUGGCAGAUCCCGAGAUGAUCAAAACGAUAAUGGUGAAGGAAUGUUACACCGUGUUUACAAAUCGGAGGGACACGGAUGUUCCCGGACCGUUCCAGGAUGGAAUCUCAAUGGUUAAGGAUGAAAGGUGGAAACGGAUUCGCAGCACAAUCUCUCCAUGCUUCACCAGCGGAAGACUCAAAAAGGUUUUCCCCAUUGUUGCUUCCUACGCGGACCGGCUUCUCAAAAAGCUGGAACAAACCAAUUUGGAUGAACCCAUCAAUGUCAAACAAUUUGUGGCUCCAUACAGUUUGGAUACCGUGGCCAGUGCAUCCUUUAGUGUGGAGAUCGACUCGAUUAACAAUCCAGAGGACCCUGUAAACAUCCACAUCCAGAAGCUUUUAAACAUCAAUUUUUGGCCAUUUAUUUUUUUAAUGAUUUUUCCUUUUGGCGCUCGUCUGUUGAAGCUCUUCAAAGUUGAAAUGUUCCCCAAAGCAGAGUCGGAUUAUUUAUUUAGCAUCAUUAAGAAAUUCAAAGAACAGCAUAAAGCAGGAGAAUCUACUCGACAGGACUUCCUGCAGGUGAUGGUUCAGAGUGAGAUACCAGAAACGGAGAUAAAGAACGAACAAGAACAGCCAAGUAAAGGCUUGACUGAACCGGAGAUUGUUGCUCAGGCCUUCACCUUUAUCUUAGGUGGCUAUGAGACAACCAGCACCACUCUGUCUUUUAUUUUUUACAACCUGGCCACAAACCCUGAUGCAAUGCGCACCUUGCAGAAAGAAAUUGAUGCUAACUUGCAGAAAAACGCCUCCGUUUCCUACGAAGACCUGAACAACCUGCACUACCUGGACCAGGUCAUUUUGGAGUCAAUGCGUUUGCUCCCUACAGCACCUCGGCUUGAGAGGGGCUGCAAGAAGACUGUUGAGAUCCAGGGAUACACCAUUCCUGAAGGGACAGUGAUUGGAAUUCCUGUGGUGAAUUUGCACAAAGACCCACGCUACUGGAGUUCUCCUGAGCUUUUCCGACCUGAAAGGUUCAGUAAGGAAAAUGAGGGGGAUCUGAACCCGUAUGCAUACAUGCCCUUUGGUUUGGGUCCUCGUAACUGUGUCGGGAUGCGCUACGCGCUCCUGGUCAUGAAGAUGGUUAUUGUCCGUCUCCUGCAGAACUACAGCCUGGAAACGUGCAAAGACACUCUGAUUCCUCUGCAGUUCGACUGGAAGUUUCAACCUCUCAUGCCUAUAAAACUCAAGUUUGUUCCCAGAAAACAAUGAUCAAGAGACAUAAACCCACAGAUACAGUCUCAUGGGGUUGGAUCUUUUUUUUUUUUUUUUUAAUCGAUACAAUCUGUGCAUGUUUUUUUUUCUAGAAGAUUUGUAAUCCUAUUUUUAAAACAGUUUUUCUACCUGUUUUCUCUGACCAUCAUCAUGUUUGUGAAGCUCAAAAGUUAUGUGUCAAAAAAAUGUAUUUUUAUCUAAUAUUAAGUUCUUUCAUAAACUUUUUAGAUGAAGAAAAUACUAAAAACAAUCAAAUUAAUAAUAAAGUUUGUUAAAAAUC